UCAGGUGGUCACAACUGUCGAGAGCGGACUUUGCACUGAACCAUGGAGUCGCCAGGAAAGGACUCGCCUGUCCGAGACGGUUUCCACAGACUGGAGAUCCAGAAAACGACAUGGGAGGUCCCGAAGAGAUACGCAGCUCUGCGGCCGGUUGGCUCCGGAGCCUACGGGACGGUGUGCUCAGCCCAGGAUCAGCAGACCAAGGAGAAGGUGGCCAUCAAGAAGCUGUAUCGUCCCUUCCAGUCACUCAUCCACGCCAAGCGAGGCUACAGAGAACUGCGGCUGCUGCGACAUAUACAACACGAAAACGUGAUCUGCCUCCUAGACGUCUUCACACCUGAUAUUUCCCUGGAGAAAUUCCAGACUUUCUACUUGGUGAUGCCGUUCGUAGCUCAGGAUCUGGGUCACAUCAUGAAGAAACGGAGACUGACAGAUCGCAUCAUCACCUAUCUUUUUUACCAGCUUCUGCGGGGACUUAAGUACAUUCAUUCUGCUGGGAUCAUUCAUCGGGAUUUGAAGCCUGGCAACCUUGCUGUCAAUGAGAACUGUGAACUGAAGGUACAAACACACGCCCCCUGGAAGGGUGAUGACCACGUCCUCUCAGCGUUUUUCUACCUCUAUCAUCAGAUUCUGGAUUUCGGCCUGGCGAGACACACUGAGAGUGAAAUGACCGGCUACGUUGUGACUCGCUGGUACAGGGCUCCGGAGGUCAUCUUCAACUGGAUGCACUACAGCCAGACAGUGGAUGUGUGGUCAGCUGCCUGCAUCCUGGCGGAGAUGAUCACCGGGCAAGUUCUUUUCCCUGGACAUGACAGCAUUGAUCAGCUGAAAAAGAUCCUCCGACUGACCGGGACGCCAGACUCCUCUCUUGUCCAGAAGAUGCAGAGCAAAGACGCUCAGUCGUAUGUUCAGGGCCUCCCACCACAGAAGAAGAAAAACUUUCGGGAGGUGUUUUCAUCCAUGGAGGAAAAUGCUGUGUCGCUGUUGGAGGGGAUGCUGCUGCUGGAUCCGGAGACCAGACUGACAGCCCAGCAGGGGCUCUCUCACCCCUAUCUGGCUGAGUACCACGACCCGGAGUGCGAGCCGGACUCACCGCCCUAUGACGACUCCUUCGAGAGUCUGGAGCUGGCAGUCGGAGAGUGGAAGAGUCUGAUCCACAUGGAGAUAAUGACAUUCGACCCAGAUGACCCCAGUAAGACUGCUAUAUAGGGGGCAUUGUCAGGUCGCUGGACGUCCAGUCUGCAGUGCUGUUUGGACUGCUACAAACUUUUUUUUUUUUAAUGGAGGAAGAUGUUGCAGUACAUUCACAGGAACAACAAAAGGGGGUGACACCCCCAAAUGAGACGUUGUGAGACUGUAUUCUAUUCCUGUCCAGUUACAAGAUGGCAGGCUGAAUGGACUGAAACGUUGUGCUUAAAAAGAAAAAAGAAAAAGAAUAACAGCACUGCUUGAAAUUAAAAAUAAAUAAACCGUUCAAACAG